UGUUAUCAGACAAAAUAUCCAAAUGAAAAGGAUAAUUAAUAAACUAAUUCCCAUUAAAAUUUUAUUCAGAACCAAAAUCGUAGGAUUAUAAUUCAAGAAUUUUAGAAAUUGCAACAAGAUAUCAAUGACUUGUUGAGGGGCAUUCAUAUAAAUUAUGAUGACAAGUCGUGAAGAUUUUACAAAAAGGAAUAUGCCAAAUAGUCCUCUAAGUAAGAAUCUUUCUCCUUAAAAAAUGAUGUUUUGUAUUAAAGUAAAGAAUUCAGAAAUUCUUUCAGCGUAAUUAAAUUUAUUCUUAAAUUAAUUUAAGAUUUGAU